ACUGGGGAUGGUGAGGACAAUGUGAUCAACAAGUUGCUGCCCACUACUUUGUGAUCAACAAGAUAAUAGUGAGCAUCAAAGGGACUUAUUUGUAGGAAUGAACUUUGAUGAGGAUAAUGAGCUCCCACUGCUUUGUGAUCAAUAAAAUAAUAGUGAGCAUUAAAAGGACUUAUUUGUAGGAAUGAACUUUGAAUCUGAGGAUAUUGUGUAUCAAUUUUACAGUACAUAUGCCCAACGAAAAGGUUUUAGCAUUUGUCUUGAGAGGCCAAGAAAGGACAAGGACACUCAUUUGAGUAUGCAAGAUUAUGGUUGCUCAAAAGAAGGCAAACAUGAUCCAAAUUAUGCAGGAAGAAUUCAUCAUCGACCAAUAACAAGGGAAGGAUGCAAAGCAAUGUUAAGGGUACGCAGGAUGAAAAAGAGAAAGUGGGUUAUAACGAAAUUUGUUGAGGAGCACUCCCACAAGUUUACAUCGCCAUCAAAGGUACAUCAUUUGAGAUCACAUCGGAGCAUCCCAACAGCUACUAUGAACUUGAUUAAAGCGAUGUCUUCAGCAAUGUUUGAUGUGCAUAAAAUUAUACAAAUUUUAACAGAAUAUGUGAAUGGGUCAAAUACUCUGGGCUUCACUCAAGUAGAUGUCGAAAACUUUAUCUAUAACACCCGUAGAAAGGCGAGUGUUAGAGGGAGGGAUGGGGAGGCUCUUUUAACCUACUUUCAUGAGCAUGUUGAGCCGAACCCAUGGUUUUUUUAUAAAAUACAACUUGAUGAAGUAUAUAAGGUAUGUAAUAUGCUAUGGAUUGACUCGCGAUCAAGGAUAUCAUAUAAGUACUUUGUUGAUGUAGUUAUUUUUUAUACAACAUGUAAGAUAAAUGCAUAUCACAUGCCUAUUGCCGCCAUUAUUGGAGCAAACCACCAUGGAAAUAAUAUAGUCUUUGGUUGUACACUAAUUAGGUAUGAGACAACAUAGUCUUUUAGUUGCUUGUUUGGCCAUUGGCUAGAAGCUAUGCAGGGUCGAGAACCAGGUUGCAUCAUUACUGAUCAAGACGCAACUAUGGCUGCUGCAAUUAAAGAAGUUCUUCCAAAUGCACGGCAUCGAUUAUAUAGAUGGCACAUUUCACAAAAGUUUCAAGAAAAAUUGGGUCAUGUUGAACAAAAAUACCCAGGGUUCUUAUACGAGCUACAUAGAGUCACUACUGAUUAUAAUGAGACAAUUAAUGAUGUUGAGGACCGUUGGUCCAGAAUGCUCCAAAAAUAUGAGCUCGAGGGGAAUGAAUGGUUGGACAUAAUAUACGGAUGUCUUUCUCAAUGGAUUGAUGUGUAUAUGAAGGAUACAUUUAUUGCCGGUACACGGUCUAGUCAAAAGAGUGAAUCUAUGAAUAGUUUUAUUAAACAAUAUAUAAAUUCACACACCAAUUUUUCAGGAUUUGUAAAGCAAUGCCAAAAAGCAAUUGUUCAUUUAUAUGAAAAAGAGAAUAUGAUGGACUUCAAGAGCACUGAAGGUAUUCCAAUGAUGAGAAUGACAUCCCCCUAUGAAAAACAAGCUGUUAAGUUAUACACCCAUGGUGUACUUAGGAAGUUUGUUGAAAAAAUUCAAAAGAUACCUCACAUGGUUGUAGAGUCUAUUGAAGUUGAGGGACCAAAUACCACGUAUAGGGUGUAUAAAUAUGAUGCGAAUCGACUACAAUAUAAAGUAGUAUUCAAUGAAUCAGAAAUCAUAGCAAUUUGUACAUGUUGCUUGUAUGAACAUGAUGGUAUUCUUUGUGCACAUGUCUUAAAGGUUUUUUAUUAUAAGAAUAUUAUGCUCAUCCUCGAGCACUAUAUCAUGAGAAGAUGGACUAAGGAAGAGAACAAAGGGAUGGUAUCAGAUGACGAUGGGGUUCAAAUUAAGGCUAAUAAUAAGGAGUCUCAAAUUGCUCGUUACGAUGAUUUAAGUAGAGUUGCCUUUAAAGUUGUAUCAAAAGGAUCAGUUAGUGAAAGGCUCUGGGAAUUUACAAAAAAUAUUAUUAUGGAAUGUAAUAAAAAAGUGGAGAGGAAGAGAUUGGAAUAUGAAAAAGAGGCAACUUAUUCGAAUCAAGGUAGCAUUAUAAAAGAUGUCAUGCCUAGUAAUAAUUACACACCAUAGACUGACCCAAGCAUCUUUAUACUUGAACCACAAUGUGCUCGAACAAAAGGGCAGUCUGGCACUGUAAGAAAGAAAGCACAAUGCGAGGAGAAGACAAGCACGAGGAAGUGUUCUGUUUGCCAAAAUGUAGUGCAUGAUAUGCGUACUUGUCCAACUUUUCAAGCUCAUGGGUUCUACAUGGAAAUUCCCACAAUGGAACCUGAAGCUGAGCGAAACAAUAUAUAGACUUUGCUAUGUACACCAUUCGCUUUUUU